UAGGUCAGGUCUACCCGAGUUCCACACACACCGCGCUCUCUUGCGUGUGCCAUCCCGUCGAGGAGAACCACACGAAGGCGGAGGCGCAACCCCUUCGCGAAAGAGAGGACCGUCGCGGAUUCCCAGUUUUUCGCGAGUGAGUUCUCCCGUAAGCGCUCCAGAUUUUUCAAAAAGAAAAAAAAAGAAGAAAGAAUUCGCGCGUCGCGUUUGCCAGCUACACGGUCUUGACAGCGAGAGAUCGGUGCCGAGGUGUGUGAAAGUGCCGGUGAUAGUGCGCGUCGUCGAAUGACGCUUCGAGAAGGGUAACGCGAGAGAAAUACUCCGAUCGGUGGUGAAUAAUCGCUAGUGUUGACGCGCGUGUGUUAAGCCUUAAGCCAGAAUCGAUUUGCUCUCGACCCGUUCUCGAGGAAGGUGGAGGAAGUAAAAGAAAAGUGAGAAACGACUUUCCGAGGAGGAGAUUCCGAUCGGCGAUUCGCUCGGUGGCGGCGGCGGCGAGAAUUGGCAUUGUUGACAAACAACGAGCGCGACGGCGACACGGACCAGAGAAAUGUCGGCCGAUCGGUGGGAAUCGAUUGCAAUUCCCUUUUUCCGAUGUCCUGAUAAUCGAUAAGCGUCGUCGACGCGUAGGUGGCCGCGUAGGGACCGCCUAGGUAGCGAGAGAGCCGGGGCAGCGAUCGGCCUUACCGACGUAAUUUCUCGCCCUCGUCCUCCGUGCAACCCUCGGCGCGAUAUUAGAUCGAGCUAGAUAAAUGUUGAGGGUAAACGGCGCCCUGCGUCGCCCGCUAGCGCGAGGCCAGGAAGAACGGGCCCUAAGUGCAACCGGGGCCGGCGCGAUGCCGGUCUCCCUGAGGAACCACAGGAUCACGUAAAAGGCGGCCGCCGGUUUAUAGAGCCCUUCGUACCGCGCACACACGGUCGCGCAACGGCGAAGGGAUCGCGACGGAAAAGGGUGUUCUCCGGGUGAUCCAGGGUGGUGAACCUACCUACGUCUCCACCUCGAAGAACAACGCUGUCGUCGUGGAGUUUGUCUGGUCGCGUCCGAUGCAUCAAAAGCCCGAAGGAUGGAGGCCAGCGAGUGGGAUCACGCGACCUUGAGGGAGGAAGAAUUCGAGCAGCAUGCCGUAUAUUUGGUACCGGAUGUGUCGGCAUCGCCAGGCGAUACCAAUCGAGCGGAGGCGUCCUUGCCACGGAACCUGGUCCUCAAACCCUCUCAGGCCCUCAACGAUGUAUGUUCUUUCGCAGAAGAAACUUAUUCCGAAAUUACCUCGGUGUUGGGUGUGUGGAGCACCGGUUACAUCCCCAAAGGGACACGUUUCGGCCCUCUGGUCGGCCAGGUGUACACGAAGGAUUCGGUACCGGCAGACGCGAACCGGAAGUACUUCUGGCGGGUAUACAAGAACAACGAGCUGUUCUAUUACAUCGACGGUUAUGACGUCCAGAAAUCGAAUUGGAUGCGUUACGUGAAUCCCGCCUACUCGUCCGAAUCGCAAAACCUAAUAGCAUGCCAGUAUAAGAUGAACAUUUAUUUUUACACGAUCAAGCCGAUAUUACCGCAUCAAGAAUUGUUGGUUUGGUACUGCAGGGAAUUCGCGGAAAGGCUCAAUUAUCCGCUCACCGGUGAGCUGAUGCUUCAGAGAAUACGACAACAAGUACAACAAUCAACGCUACCCACGGAAAUUUCACCCGCCGUCGACGUGAUAUCGCCACUAAAAGACUCUUCGAUCUACGAGAGGCGUCAGAUGACGCCAACGGAUGGUUCCGUGAGGUCAGACGAGGGUUAUCACUCAAACGGCUAUCACGACGAAAUCCUGACACCACCCGAGGAAAGCAGUGAGUCUGACAGUGAAAAUAACUACGUGCUGGAUUUUAGUAAGAAUGCCAAAUCGUCAGUGUGCAACGAUGAGAUUCUGAAGCAAGACAACACUGCAGCGAAGAACGAGUACAGAAAAGUCAAGAUCAAGAUCUCCAAGACCUACGGUAACUUCCAGGCGACGAAAGGUAUAGCUGACGGCCCGACGAAGGACAAAGACCAGGAGAUGUCCAGCCGGGCGGUCACCCCGGAACUCCAGAAGCCGGUAUCACCUAUCAUCCUGCAGAAGAGCACGGUGCUGUCGACCGUGCCUGAGGAUGAGAUAUCUGAGAAGAACAUGAAACCCUUCUACGAGCCGGAGGUCAAGGGUGGUAAUCUGCCGAUGUCCGGCAGACCCACCUACCUAGCCAAUCCCAGCAGUUCUAUCCUGGAAAACAUUUUGCUGCGUAACAGCACGGACAACAAUAACAAUAACCACAGCCAUCAUCAUCACAAUGGCGGCUCGCAGCAGCACCAUCAGCAUCAUCAGUUGCAUCAUCAAACUCACGUAGACUCAGUGACGCCGCCACCCUCCAGCCCCACCGAGAUGGCGUAUUCUUACAAGAAGUCCCAUCGUUACGGAAACAUUCUACCCUGCAGCCCGGACUCCAGCUCAAACUUGCCCAUACAAACAGACUCGUGCGUGAACUCGACCAGCGGCAACGGCGGCGUGCUAUCCAGCAUGCAGAGCCCCACUGGCAAUCUGCACUCCAGCACGGGAGGAGGACUGCAUUCGAGCACCGGCGGAAGCAACGGCAGCCUGCCGCCGCAUCCCGGAAGUUUGCACUCGUCCAGCAACGCCGGCGGUAGCAUACAUUCCAGCACGAGCGUGCUCUCGUCCAGCACGAUGCUGACGUCCAGCAGCAGCCCGCAUUCGGCGUCCACGACGAACAGUUGCCCGCCCAAGCGGAAGACCAAAUCGCCGUCGCCGUCGUCAAGUCAGAACGGCGUACCCACCCCGACGACGAUUCUUUACUCCGGCAGCUCGGGGGCCGCCGGCUGUCAGAUCGAGUCCGCCAGUCCGGUUUACCCCAACUCUGCCGGCAGUAGUAGUAGCAGCAGCAGCAAUCAGAGCGUCUCGCCGAUUUCGCCGAUCCAGUCGCCCUCGUCCUACAGUCCGUACGGUAGUCUGUACGGUCAUCAAAAUGGCUCGCUGCAUCACAACAUGGGCGCGUCAUUGUCUAUCAAUUGCAGCGCCUAUUCGCCCACGCCAAGUGGCAACGUCGUCUACGAGAGGACCACGGACGGCAGGCGACUGGAGGCCACCAGCAGCGGUGGCCAUCAGCUACCCACCUCGUCGACGAUGCAAAUCGACAGUAACCAAGCGUUGAUUACUGGCACGCACAAUCUUCAUCUCGGCCACCAUCCAGGUCUCACCAUUCAUCCCAACUCCUCGUCAUCUCUCAACAGAUACUCGCCGGCGAGCUCUUUGUCGCCGGACGAUCACGGUUGCUCCCAGAGCGGCGCCCUCAGCCCCAACUCUCAAGGCUCGAGGGGCUAUAGGUCGCUGCCUUAUCCGCUCAAAAAGAAGGACGGCAAGAUGCAUUACGAGUGCAACGUCUGCUGUAAAACCUUCGGUCAGCUCUCGAAUCUCAAGGUACACCUGAGGACGCACUCCGGCGAGAGACCCUUCAAGUGCAAUGUUUGCACCAAAAGCUUCACACAACUCGCGCACCUCCAGAAACAUCAUCUCGUGCAUACUGGUGAAAAGCCGCACCAAUGCGAGAUAUGCAAGAAGAGGUUCAGUUCGACUUCGAAUCUGAAGACCCACCUUAGACUGCACUCCGGUCAAAAGCCGUACGCCUGCGACCUUUGCCCCGCCAAGUUCACCCAAUUCGUUCAUUUGAAACUGCACAAGAGAUUGCACACAAACGAACGACCCUACACUUGCCAGGGUUGCGACAAAAAAUACAUUAGCGCGAGCGGCCUCAGAACCCAUUGGAAGACAACGAGCUGCAGACCAAAUAACAUCGAGGACGAGCUUGCACUUGCCGCGGCCGUGGGUUCGCCAACGUAUUACGAGUACGGUCCUGACAUGAAUGUUGGAAAUAUGCCCAAGGAAUGCGAGUUGGAGCACAUCGAUAAUUACGACAGGCAUGGAUCGACGCAUGGCCCGCACUCGACGUCACUCCACAACCUGGAAAAUUCCGUGGGCCGACCGAGCGUCAUAGAAACAUCCCAGCCACACAUUAUCGAGUGUACAUAAGUACAUCACAUAAUGCUACAUAAUUACAUAAGUCGCAUGAUGGGGUAUGAGCCCCCUUCCGCUCGGGCGCAAAAUGCAAUCGUGGAAACGUAAGAGAGUCGCUCGCAACUGACCAGAAAAGAGACCGGAGAUAGGAGCUUUCCCUCUCUGAAAUGGCAGUAAAGAACAGAGCAUAUAAUGUCGCGCGCGAAAUCUUCGCAAGUUUUCCUUCUUAAUUUCGAUGAAAUUAUGGUAGAUUUUUGAAACGAUAAAAAAAUUUUGAUAAGUUUCUAUUAAUGUUCUAAAUUUUGAGAAUUUAAACUCUAUUUGUUGUCUCCAUUCUGGAGACGAAAAAUGAUUUUUACUAUAAUAAAAUAAUAUAUUUAAAAAAUGUUCUUUGUUACUCUCAUCAUCUUUCAUUUUUAUAA